AUGGCUGAUCGCCUACAUGGACCUCUGCAUCAAAUUAUAUCUCCUACCCAGUCGGCUUUUAUCCCUAAUUGUCUUAUCUCAGAUAAUAUUUUAGUGGCUCACGAGAUGUUUCUCUACAUAAAGAGGAGAAAGAAGGGGAAAGAUAAAUUCUUAGCUUUGAAAUUGGAUAUGGGCAAGGCAUAUGACAUACUAGAAUGGACUUUCAUAGAGGCCAUGCUUCUGAAGCUGGGAUUUCUCCAUUAUUGGGUUAGUAGAGUCAUGUCUUGUAUCCAAUCGGUCUCUUAUAGCCUCCUCAUUAAUGGAUGUAUCAAAGGAUCGAUAGCUCCAACAAGAGGGAUUCGUCAAGGAGACCCCAUCCACCAACAAUAUUUAUUUUAUGCUCACAAGCACUUACUUCAAUUAUCAGAAGAGCAGAGGGGUCUUGAGUCCUACAUGGAAUUAGAGUUCGGCAUAGAGGUACUCCAAUCACCCACCUUCUAUUUGCUGAUGAUUGUCUUCUUUUUCUCUCAGGUCAAGUUAGGUGAAAUUUCAUCUCUUAAUCAAUGCCUUGACUUAUAUUGUAAGGCUAUGAGUCAGGAAAUUAAUCUCAAGAAAUCUAGCCUUACUUUUAGUCCAAACACUCAUGUUAAGUUUAAAAGAUGGUUGUCAAGGGUGCUUAAAGUUCCUUAUUGUGAUGGCCCUUCCAAGUAUUUAGGAUUACCAACCGAUUUUGGUAUUUCUAAAAAGGAUUUAUUUCGUGAAGUUAAGGAGCAAACUCUGAAUAAAUUACAAGGAUGGAAGAAGAAGUACCUAUCUCAUGCUGAAAAAGAGAUUCUCUUGAAAGCAUCAUUAUCCCCUAUGUCUAACUUUGCAGGCUCACAUUUUAAAUUAGCAGUUUCACAUCAUGAAGAUGUUAGAAAGGCUGCUUCUAACUUUUAUUGGGGUGAUUCUGAAAAUGACUCUAAGAUCCAUUGGAUCUCAUGGGAGAGAUUGGGUCGCUCGAAGAAUAGAGGAGGCUUUGGCUUUAGAGACUCAAGGUUACAAAACCAAGCCUUAUUGGCUAAGGCGGCAUGGAGGUUAUGGUCAUCUCCUGAAACUCACUGGGCACGAUUUAUCAAGUCCAUUUACUUUCCAACUUUAGAUUUUCUACGUGCUAGACUGGGUCAUAACCCAUCAUGGGGCUGGUGUAGUAUUUUGGAGGGAAGGGAUGCUCUACAGGAAGGUUUGUUAUGGCAAAUUGGGGAUGGUGCUUUAGUAGAUAUUUGGCAGGACAAAUGGAUACAAUCAUUGCCUCAUUAUAAACUCCAAUAUCCAAAGCCAGUAGGCUGCACAUUAUCAACAGUAGCUAAUAUUAUUGGUCCUGUUACAAGGUAUUGGAGAUUAUAUUUAUUGCAACAGUUUUUUCAUCAGUCUGAUAGAGAUGCUAUUUUAAAGAUCAACCUAAGUCUAUUCCCAAGUGCUGAUAAGCUGAUAUGGGGGGCCUCAAAGGAUGGUGUUUUUAGUGUGAAAUUGGUUUAUCAUCUAUUAUCUAAUUUAAAGCAAGUUAGAGAUAAAGAUGGAGCUGCAUGUAAAGCAUCCACAUCAAGGUGUCUCCAAUAG